AUGGCAUCCAACGGCAGCACAAGGGGAGGCGCAGGUGGGCGCGGCGCUUCCAACUCGGGCUUCCGUGGCGCUCAGAAUCAUCAUGCUGGCGGCCGUGGCGGUGGCAACACCGCCAAUCGAGGAGGAGCGUCAGGGCCCCCGCACACCUCGAGAUGGGGUAACGGUCCUCCUUCCAGCAGCAGCCCUUCCGUCAACAAUGCGCCAUCUCAGCGGGACAACGGCAAACCUUCCAACCAGCGCGGCGCUGCCACCGGACCCGCCAACAAGUCCACUCCCAGUCCAGCUCAGACAUCCAGCUUCCCAUCUCUCGGCGCCGGGUCCGCUCACGACGAUUCGCAGAAGCUCAUGCACGAACGCAUGAUGUUUCUGCUCGUCACCCUCGUAGGCAACCCGGUCACCGUCACCGUCAAGGGUAGCACCAGCUUCUUUGGCAUCUUCUCGGCUGCCAACACCGAGGGCGGCGAACUCUCUGUCGCCCUCGCUUCGGCGCAACAGAUCUUGCCCGCCAAGGACAAGGAUUCUCGGCCGCAGCUCGGCGAAUUCAAGACAUCGCUGCUCAUCAACUACAAGGACCUCGAGUCCAUCCAAGCUGCCGAGGUGAGGCUGCAAGAUCAAGCCAAAGAGAUGCGCGAGGCGCGCGAGAAGGAAGCCUUCCGCACCGACACAGAGAUCUCCAAGGCCUUUGACCCCCUCGGCAGCGGUCGAACCCUCCAAAGGUGGUCCGACGACCCCGAUCUGGCCGACCUCGACGAUUUGGGCAGCAAAUCGCCAGCCUGGGCAGCUUCCGGUGACAACAGCGGCGGCCUCGGAGACUCGUCCUCCAGCGGCAAGCCCUGGGAUCAGUUUGCGGCCAACGAAGCACGCUUCGGUAUCAAGUCCAACUACGAAGAGAACCUCUACACCACCAAGCUCGAUCGCAGCGGCAAGGACUUCCGCAACCGCGAGCGAGAAGCAGACCGAAUUGCCCGCGAAAUCAUGGCUCAGGCUACCAGCAACCCGCACAUGGCGGAAGAAAGAGGUCAGGCCGAUGACUCUGGCGUCAACGAGGAAGACAAGUACGGUGCCGUCGUUCGCAGCCCCAAUGCCUACGUGCCCCCUGCACUCCGCAAACAGAUGGCUGCAGCAGCUGCAGGCGGCGCCGGCGGCAGCGCCAAGAAGAGCGCACCGGCCGCGCCAACCGCCACUCCAGCUGCAGCCAAAGCGAAUGGCGCUGCUCCUCCCAGUGCCGCCUCCGCUGCCGCUACCCCUCCUUCCGCCGCAACAGAGACAACGACCGCCGCACCACCCCCCGUGGUGACCAACCCUCCUAUUGUCAACGUCAAGGUGCCCAGUCCCAGCAUCCCACAGGAACCCCAUGCGGGCGAUGCUUCUGGCAAGAAGUCUUCCGUGGACGCGAACAACCCGCUCAUGGGCGACUUCCGCUCCUUUGUCAGCUCGGAACGCGAGCGGCUGGAAAAGAAGAAAGCCGCGCUCGCCAAAAAGGAGAAGGAUACCCGCCUCGCCGAUCUCAAGUCGUGGGCGAGCUCCUUCAAGCUCAACACGCCCAUGCCCUUGGAUGUCGCCGACAUGGUGCAAAAGGACAAAGCCGACGGCGCCUCCGACAAGCCUCGCUAUCCCAGCCUGCAAAAGAGUCUCAGUCCCACGCCUGCCCAUUCGGCUGCUACGACAGUCCCCAAGGCAGACGCCAGCAGAUCGUCGGCCGCCUCGCGCGCCGCACAGGUAUCCGCAUCGAAUGCGGUCAGCCCCGCUGGUGGCUCCGGAUCUGCCUCUGCACACAAAGACGCUCAGAAGCUCGCUGAAAGUAAGGCCAUGUUGCAAAAGAUGACCAUCCCCAAGAUCCCGCCUUUCAACCCCGACAAGUUCAAAGCACGACAGGCGGCGGCGGCAGGCGAAGCGGCUGAUGGUGCUGCUGCACCAAAGGCAGAAGGCGGUAUGCCUUCGUCGACCAGCACCUCCUCCUUCAGGCUGAGCGCAAAGGCGAGCUCCUUCAAACCUUUCAACCCGAACGCCGCCACUUUCACCCCUGGCGGCGCGUCAAGCACUUUUGUCCCUGCUGCUGCGGCUGCACCCGCCGUUGCAGGUAGCCCUGCACAAAGCGCUGCUACACCUGCUUCCUCGGCACGCCCUUCGCUCUCUGCGACACAGCAGCCAGCUUCGACGACAGCGGCGUCCCCCACCAACCCCUUCUUCGGGAACCGAGUCGUCAAGAAGGCCUCGGAUAGUCUGUCGGUUCGGAACGACUUCAAUCCGUUCAAGGUCACCAAGGUGCCCGAUGCCAAGUCAGUCGGUCCUAUGUGGGCUUUCAGCGGCAAGCCUUACCGCCAGCACUUUGUCGUCCCCACGCCUGGCGCAGUGGACGACGGCUCCGGCCUGUUUGUCCCCACCCACACCGGGAUGAUGCAGCCCGGUAUGCAUCCUGGUGCUCAAACGCCACAUUCGGUGCCUCAGCCCAUCCAUCAAGGACAAAUGCCCUUCUCGGCUGCGCAAACAGGACAUGUGUCAACUCCUGGAACCGGACCCGGUCCCGGACCUGCCGGCCCCGGUCCACAGCAGCAGCCGUUCGGCAUGGUCUACCAGCCUUAUGGUGGCGGACCUUACCAAUACCCUGGUGGCCAGCCGCAGCCUCAAGGGAUGCCGCAAGGCCGACAGCCCAGCAUGGUGCCUCCGAUGCAGAUGGCGCCUGGCAUGCAAGGCGCUCCAAUGCCGUACGGUGCUGUGCCCCAGCAGUUUAUGGGACAGAUGCCAUUCUCUCCGCCCUUGCACCAGCAUAGUGCGCCCCAAAACAUGUACAGUCCGCAGAUGGGCAACGUACCCCAAUCCGGGCAGCAGCAGUUCAUGCCUAUGCCGCCUCCGGGUGCAGCCGGUGGACCUCGUCCGCCACCUCCGCACCUUCACCAAAAGGGCCAGCCUCCUCCGCCGCAGGCUGGCCAACCACCUCACUUGGGCUACUAUCCGAGUCAGCCCGGUGCAGGCAUGCCGUAUGCUUCCGGCCCUCACUUUGGCGGCCAAGCGCCGCAAGGCGGGCCACAAGGGCCGGGAGGAGCUGCGCCGCCUCGACAGACAGCGCCAGCCGAAUCUGGGCCCGCCUCAAGCUCUGCGUCCUCGACAGCAUGA